AUGGAGUCUGACAAAUUGUGCAUAAAACUCCUUCAUACACUGUAUGGUCAUUCAUCCGAUGUAAAUUCAUGUAUAUUUUCACCCAAUCUGUUGGCUUCGUGUUCGUCAGAUAAAACUGUACGUUGUUGGAAUUUGGAAACAUUAACUGAGAAUGAAUCCAUAUCUCCAUUAAAAAAACACACAUAUCAAGUACAUUGUGUAUCUUUUUCACCUAUUGAACGAUAUAAUUAUUUAGCAUCGGUAUCAACCGAUGGUACCUGUCUAUUAUGGGAUUGCAAAAGUGGUAGUGUCAUCAAGAAGAUUCAACAUGAAAGUCAAUCACCUCUUCGAGUAUGUCAAUUUUCAUCGGAUGGCUUAUUGCUAGCAACGGCUGGCGACGAUGAACUUAUUAAUUUAUGGGAUAUAGAAAACGACAAAUCAUCCAGUAUGAAGCCAGUUAAAACAUUUACAGGCCAUUCAGCAACAAUUGUUACAUUAAAAUUUAUAUUCAAUAAUCAAUAUUUGAUCUCUGGGUCGUUCUACGGCGAUAUUAAAUUAUGGAUGGUCAGUACAUCUUAUAAUGCUGCACUUCAUUUUGAACGAGAAGCGCACGAUUUAGGCGUUACGUGUUUAGACACAAAAUAUUGUUCUGUUGUAAAGACCGAAACAGUUGUAGUUGAAUCUGUUGUUAAACAAGAUGUAAAACCUACCAAACAAGAUAAAAAUAAGAAACAUAGUGCAAAAAAAACAGAAGAUAAUCCAAUACAACAAGAACAAGAACAACGAUAUCGCACAGAUGAAUAUGAAUUGAUUGCGUCGGGUGGAAACGAUAAUAAAGUCAAAUUGUGGCAUGCAACAUCCACUUCAUUGAAAUAUGUUCGGACAUUAUCUCAGCACUCAUGUGCUGUUAUGUGUGUAGCGUAUUCACCAAUAGAUUCGAGUCAUCUGUUAGCUUCGGGUAGCGGUGAUAAAACAAUUAUCAUCUGGGAUUAUAUUUCCGGACAAAUAUUAACACAAUUUGAAGCACAUGAACGUUAUGUGACUACGUGUUCAUUUUCAUUUGAUGGAAAACUGUUAGUUAGUGGCUCAAAUGACCGCUUAGUAAAAUUAUGGACAAUUAUAAGAGAUGAAAAUCAAAAUCCGAAUCAAAAUUCGACCUCUUCCUACGAACAUCCUUUACCAAUAGAUGAAUGGACCAAUGACACAGUUGAACAGUGGUUAAAAGAGAUUGGUAUUAAACAGCAUAAAGAAUUACUCAAUGGUAAAGAUUUAUUGAACAAAUCGGAUAUGGAAAUAAUUGAUUUAUUUCAAAUAGAUUCAAAUAGUUGUGAAGUAUUUCUCAAGGAAUUAAAUCGUGUGAGACAUAAAUAUUUUAUUGAACAAUUACGAUCAACAACAGCGAAAAUAAACAAAACAGGAUUAAUGAAUCAUACCAGUGAUAUUUUACCAAACGAAUUCAUUUGUCCAAUAACGCACGAAUUAAUGUUAGAACCAACAUGUGCAUCUGAUGGUUAUAGUUAUGAAAAACAUGCUAUUGAAGAAUGGAUAUUACAAAAGAAAACCAGUCCUAUUACAAAUCUACCAUUGAAAUAUCAGUUGUUAUAUCCUAAUAAAAUAUUAAAAAUGCUCAUUGAGAAACAUUUUAUGCAAAAUAAUGUGAAUGACAAGAUGGAACAGAAAUACGGUUAUGUUCAUUUAUCCGCUGGUGAUCUCUUACGUGAAGAAUGCGCAAAUAAAGAAUCAAAGUAUGGACAAUUAAUUAAUGAUCACAUUAAAGGUGGUCAAAUUGUACCGGUUGAAAUUACAUGCAAAUUACUCGAACAAGCCAUGAAUAAAAGUGAUAAACAAAACUUUUUAGUUGAUGGUUUUCCUCGUAAUCAAGACAAUGUUGAGGGAUGGAAUAAAGUGAUGGAUGGUAAAGUAAAUUUGCAAUGUGUAUUAUUUUUUGAUUGUUCAGAAGACGUAUGCGUAAAUCGAUGUCUUGAUCGUGGAAAAAAUAGUGGCCGAGUAGAUGAUAAUGCGGAGAGUAUAAAAAAACGAAUUCAUACAUACAAUGAUUCAACCCGUCCGGUAAUACAAUUGUAUGAAAAAGAAAAUUUAGUCAAAAAAGUUGACGCUUCGAACGAUGUUGAACAGAAACGGUUUUUCAGUAAUGUAUAUAAUAUACUAAAAAGUAUUGGUAAAGGAACCAUUGUGACAAUACCAAUCGUCACAGUAUUUAUUGACAAAGUUGCUACUGUUUCACUUGUCGAUGGGGUAUCGAUGCAGCCUAUUUUAAAUCCAGUAAGCGAGACAAAAGCAGAUUCUGAUUGGAUUAUUAUAAAACGUUGGAACAUCGAUAAUUAUGAAGUUCAAAACGGUGAUAUACUAUCGUUUGAAUCACCAAGAGAUCCUGGUACAUUUAUGAUAAAACGUGUCAAAUUUCUCGAGGGUGAACAAGUUUAUAAUGCUGACAAUUUCGAACAUAAUAUUGUUCCAAAAGGACAACUUUGGGUUGAAGGCGAUAAUAAACGGCAGAGUUAUGAUAGUAGACAUUUUGGUUGUGUAUCCCGAGGACUGAUAACGGGUAAGGCAUUGUGGGUGGCAUGGCCUCCGCGACGAUUUGGUUUAUCAUUAAAUAAUGCAGAAGAAAAUUUCAAUGAGUAG